GAGACGCGCCCUUCGCGUACACACGCACACACUAAAGAGGAAAACAAAUAGUAAAAUGGAGAAGAAGAGUGAAGCGGAAGGAGAGGUUGAAUUCGAUCCAGUUGAGAUAGAGUACGUGAGCUAUGGAGGUGAACACCACCUCCCGCUUAUCAUGCGCUUGGUUGACCAGGAGCUCAGUGAGCCCUACUCCAUUUUCACUUACAGAUAUUUCGUCUAUCUCUGGCCUCACCUCUCCUUCCUGGCUUUCCACAAAGGUGAUUGUAUAGGAACCGUUGUUUGCAAGAUGGGGGAACAUCGGAAUACUUUCCGAGGUUACAUUGCAAUGCUCGUUGUAAUCAAACCUUACAGAGGAAAAGGAAUAGCGACAGAACUUGUGACUAGAUCUAUUCGAGUGAUGAUGGAAUCAGGAUGUGAAGAGGUGACAUUGGAAGCAGAGGUCACAAACAAGGGAGCUCUUGCAUUAUAUGGUCGUCUUGGGUUUAUUAGGGCAAAAAGGCUCUUCCGUUACUACUUGAAUGGAGUUGAUGCUUUUCGACUAAAAUUAUUGUUCCCUCACCCACAUUCAAACCCUUCCCUGCUUAUGCCAAUCAAGAAUGACACUGAAUCUCAUAAUGAUUUCCAGUUGCAGGAAUGAAGCUGUCAACUUUAUUAGAGCUUCUAAGCCAAGAUUUUGUAGGCACAUAUUUUUCUAACAUCAAUCAGCUUCUGUUGUAUUAACAGAUCUCAUUAAGUAUAACCUUCAUAUGUAAUAUGAUGUUGCAUUCAUUGUGUAAUUCUAUGCCAUAUAAUUCAAUAGUUUGGAUUACUUUUGGUCUGAUUACGACCCACAAAAUCAUAGAAGAUUAAUAUGUUAUUGUUAUGAA